AUGCUAUUCUACAAGUCUUUCCCGGCGCUCUUCACUCUUUUUGCCAGCGUGCACCAGACAGUGGAAGCAAAUUCUCGAUAUUGUCCACCUUACGGUCCCGUACUUCCAGCUCCCAGAUACGCAAGUCAGCACCCAGCCGUCAAGUUCUCAGUCGAUGCUAUUACCUCAAUUCUAGAGCAACAGGCGAAAAACUUCAAUGUCUCUGGUAUUUCUGUUGGCAUCCAGUCUAUGCACGAGGAUAAGCCCUUGCUGAACUUCCAUCAUACCCCUCCCAUUGUCAAUCCCAAGCGCGGAGCAAAGGUUGUCAACGCUGAUACUGUCUAUCGACUCGGAAGUGUAUCCAAAGUAUAUACUGUUUUAGCUGCCUUGAAACUGGCUGAAGAUGGUGUGCUGAGUAUGAGCGACCCAAUCACGCGAUGGAUUCCUGAACUUAAAAAAGGUACUGGUCAUAGCGCACGAGAUGAACUUGAUGUGACACAUUGGGAAGACAUCACAGUUGGAGAUGCUGCAGCACAUCUUUCAGGCCUCGGUGGAGACAUGACCACUGAGCUUUCAGCUCUCGAUGUUGAUUGGAAAUCCCUUGGUCUUCCCCAGAUCCCCGCAGCUCACAAGGUCCCGUCUUGUCCAGGCCCUGCAGGAGCUCCUGUUUGCACACGUGAAGAAUUCCUCAACAUCUUUCAAAACUAUCGCCCACCGGUAUACCAGCCCAGUCAAUCACCUGUUUACUCCAACGCCGGCAUCAGUCUCGUUGGGCUCGUCGUAGAAGCAGCGUCAAACAAGACAUUCGGGGCUGCCAUCAACGAUCUGAUACUAAAGCCUCUAGGUCUCCGGCAUACGUCCACAGGUAUUGUUCCUAGCAAUGCCAAGAAUAUGUUUAUCCCUGCUGGAAGCGCUGAUUGGGAUGUUGAUGUGGGAAUAUUUGGCCCCGCUGGUGGAAUGGGAUCCAGCACAGCCGAUCUCCUUUCUUUCAUGACCAACAUUCUGAAGAACAAGAUCCUCUCACCAUCCGCCACUCGUCGCUGGCUAAAGCACAACACGUUCACCUCAACAUGGAGUGGUGCAGUUGGCUCGCCCUGGGAGAUCUACCGUGUCGACAACCUUACUUCUGAUGGUCGGAUUAUCGAUAUCUACACCAAAGGUGGAACAUUGGGCAGUUACCAAUCCGGCAUGGCUAUGAUACCUGACAUGGGCAUCUCAGUCUCUGUUCUCGGUGCAGGGCCAGAAGUAACAAGUGUCUGGUCACAGCUUGCAAUCCUCAACAUCGUGGAGGCGUUGGUUCCCACCCUGGACAUUGCGGCCAAGGACGAAGCCAAGACACGAUUCGCGGGAACGUACUCUGACAAGUCCAGUGGCUCGAAGCUUACUAUUUCUUUGGACAAGGGCCCGGGUCUGGUCUUGACAGACUGGGUAGCUCGGGGCCUUGAGGUCCUGCCCAACUUGAAUCGCUACCAGCCGGGACGAAUCAACGACACCACACCUUCGGGCAUCAAGAGUAUUCGGCUCUAUCCUAAUGGUAUUGAGAACAAGUCUCAUGCAGCUUGGAGAGCUGUGAUUCCUUCUCUGAGUGAGCAGGAGGCUGAGAUAAUCGAAGGAUUGACUUCGGUGAAGGAUGUGACUUGCAUUACCUGGCACAUGCUGGAUCGCUUUCUUUAUAACUCACUUUCCAUGGAUCAUUUCGAGUUCAAGUAUGGUAAGGAUGGGAAGGUUAUUAGCAUUAAGUCCAAGGGUUUUGACAUCGAGAUGGCUAAAGGUUCGGCCUGA